AUGUCGCCCUCAGCCGCGCCCCCUGCAGGCUCCCUGCUCUCUUUACUCGGCCCUGGGUCCCCCGAGGGGCGGCGAGGCUCUCGGUCCCACCCUGCGCCUGGGCUUGCCAGUGGCCGGCCGCUGCGUCCGCUCCAGGGGCCGCCCGACGCCUUCUACGGGCCCCCGGAUCUGGCCCCUGCCGCUGCCGCCGCCCGGCCCCCACCCGAGCCCGGUGCCCGGCGCCCCGAGGGCGGCCCACGCCCCGACGAGCUGGGCCAGUCACGGGACAAGGGGACCGAGCCGCCGCCGCCGCCCCCGCACUUCUCCGAGACUUUCCCAAGUCUGGCGGCAGAGGGGAAGGCGUACAGCUCAGAUGAAGAGAAGCUGGAGGCCCCAGUGGACGACCUGCCAGGCAGUGAGCAGGAGGAAGAAGGCUCAGGCGCUGACAGUGAGGAUGACAGCUUCCUGGAUGGUGCGACAGGUGGCCCUGGGGCACUCCUGGGACCCAAACCGAAGCUAAAGGAGGCCCUGGGGACUGGUGCUGAAGAGGGCGCUCCAGUAGCAGGAGGGGCAACAGCACCUGGGGGCAAGAGCCGGCGGCGCCGCACAGCCUUCACUAGCGAGCAGCUCCUGGAACUGGAGAAGGAGUUUCACUGCAAGAAGUACCUCUCACUGACCGAGCGCUCGCAGAUUGCCCAUGCCCUCAAGCUCAGUGAGGUGCAGGUCAAGAUCUGGUUCCAAAACCGGCGUGCCAAGUGGAAGCGCAUCAAAGCCGGUAACAUCAGCAGCCGUUCUGGGGAGCCUGUGCGGAACCCCAAGAUUGUGGUGCCCAUCCCUGUCCAUGUCAACAGGUUUGCUGUGCGCAGUCAGCACCAGCAGAUGGAGCAGGGGGCCAGGCCCUGA